AUGGCUGCCCUAAGCAGGACGCGUGAGGCAACACAGCAAUGCAUCGCGACUUCUAAACUAUUGAUUGGACUCCCUGAAGGAACACCGAUAGUUAAGUAUACCAAUAUGAAGAAACUGAAGAAUAUAAUAGACACCCAAUCUCUUGACUGUUCUGCGGAUAUAUCUAAAAGCCCCUUUUUAAUAGUAACUUGCGUGGAUGAUAGCUUUUUCAAAGCUCUCGACAAGGCCUAUCCUGACAGUGGACCUCGUAUAACAUAUAAUUUUGAAGAAGGAGGCCCAACCGUGAUUCUUGAAGUGAUGAGGAACAGGGUGAAUGGACUGGCGACUGGACGUCUACACCUAGAAGUUGUCCUUUGCCUCGAGAAGAUGGGACUCCAAUAUGAACUCAUUGCCAUGAACGAAUCAGAAAUAAAGAAUUUGAAUGAGACUUGGAGGAAGCAACCUGGCCUGUCCUUUGCUCUGGCAGACCAUAUCCAUUGGCCAGUGCUUGUUAUCGAAACUGGGAUGUCGGAAGGUCAGCAAAAGCUGGCGAUUGACGCCCAGGGAUGGCUGGAAGCGCAGGGAUCCGACACCAAAGCUGUCAUUACUAUAAACAUUGACAAACACAGCCCACACAUCACUUUUCAGCGUUGGGAGCACGAAGAUACCCGACAUACGACCCGUUCUCGUCAUCCACACGGAUCAGUCGUGCAAACUGUGGAGGUAUUUCACAAAGGUGUUACCACAAGAGCCACGGGGGAGCUUAUUAUCCCUUUCGAAAAAGUGUUUGGGCGCGUGAGACAUGGCCGCAAAGAAGCGGAUAUCAUCAUUACGAAGAACCAAUUGAUACGACUGGGGCAGCUUGUUUGGGCCGAGCAGAGGUUCAUGUAG